AUGUUUAGAACAGCAGUUAUUAUUUUGGUUAGUAAUAAAACACCUGCUGUAAAAACUGAAAAAGGGAUUCGAGAAUUCCUAAUACCCCAGUUGAAUAUAUUAAAUUUUGAGGUAAAAAAAUUGUUGAUUAAAGCUGAACAAGAAUUAUUGAGCCUUGAAUUUAAUACCCUUUCUAAACAAUAUGACAUACUGCUAAUUGUAGGAGAGCUAAACAAUAAUAUAAUUUUGAAUGCUUUAGGAAAUAUUUGUUGUAAGGAAAUUAAAAUAAAAGAUGUACUUACACUAAAGACAGAAAGUGACCUUCAAGGAAUGUUACCACCAACAGCAAAGUUACUUACAAGCGAUAACUUACCUUUUCCUGUGAUAUAUCUACAAAGAAUAUUUAUUUUAAAAGAAGACAUUCUUGAAGAACAAUUUAAUCAUGUAUUAAAAAAACAUCUACAGCAAUAUGCUUUGGAACCGUUAUUUAAAAAAGUUAUUAAAGUGCACCUGAAUGGUAACAGUAAUAAAAUUGUAGAUACUUUAAAAAAGCUGGUACAUCUUGAAUUACAAAGUGAAGAUUCUGUAUCAAAUCUCAUAGUGUCCAGUCCGAAAUUUGAAAAUCUAGUUGAAUGUGAAAAGAAAUUGAAACAUGAACUAAACGAGAAUUUUAUAGAGUCUAGUGAAAGUAUAGAUGUUCUUAGAAGCAUUUAUGAAUCUACUGAUCAGAAAAUCGUAAGCAGUUUAGAGGUAAUAGAAAAAUGUCUGGAUUCUUAUGGACCCGACAAUACAUUCUUAAGUUUCAAUGGCGGCAAAGAUUGCACAGUAUUACUACAUCUAGUCUACACUGUUUUGAAAGUAAAAUACCCAGAUUACAAAAAGCCCAUAAUAUGCCUUUAUGUGAAAAGCAAAGAAACUUUCGAAGAACAAGAUACAUUUAUAUCACAAUGUAGCAUUUUUUUUAAUUUGAACAUUAUUGAGAUUACAUCAGAUAUAAAGAACGCCUUGAAUAAUGUGAUAACUACUCAGCCAAAUUUGAAAGCUGUAUUUAUGGGAACUAGGAGAACAGAUCCGUAUUCGCAACACUUGGAUAUGUUUCAGAUGACAGAUCCUAACUGGCCACAGAUAAUGAGAGUUAGUCCUCUGCUAGAUUGGCAUUUUUCAGAUAUUUGGGAUUAUUUACUUUUCUACAAAGUUCCUUACUGUAAACUAUACGACUUGGGAUACACUUCUUUGGGAAGUUCUUCUAAUACCGUUAGAAACCCAUCGUUGGCUUAUUUUGAUACUAAUCAAGGCAAAAAUGUGUACUUGCCUGCCUAUAAGCUCAUAAAUGAAUCUGAAGAGCGCAGUGGUCGAAAUAUAGGGAAAUAA